AUGGUCAAGUACUUCCGUCUCUUCGGACUCGCGCUCGUCGUGUUUGCUCAUUGCGGCGCCCUUUCGUCUCCAGCCGUCAGAAAGCCACCUCAGUCGGCGUCGCUGGACUUGGACCAAGCCGCCCAACCGAAAACUGACGACAAACGGAUGCGUCAAGAGGCCGACGUCACCAAUCUGGCCGUCAGUGAAGAGAGGGCAGCGUUCAACGUUGGCCCGCCGACUGAAAAGGGCAUCAAUCGUCUGAUAUCCAAGCUCGCGAAUUGGCAUUGGGUCAAGGAUGCGUGGCAGAAGCUGAAAACCUCAAAGCUGGUGAAAGCACUAGGACGUUGGCUAUUCAAAAAGCGGAUAUUGAACAUGGGGGUGCCGAAAGGAAGGAUGCUCACGUUUGACGAAAAGGUUGUGAUUGCUAAAGUGUUAGUUCACAAAGUGGAUACACACGAGGAGAUGUACACACAAGGUAUCCGUCCAGAUCAUGUCGCAGCAGGGUUGGGACUGACGGUGAACGACUUAGAAACAACAGGUGGUGCGGCACAACUUGAGAAGAUAAAAGAACGGGUUUUGUACGAAACGUUUAAGGACCAUGCCGAAAAAAAGCAGGAGGCCUUAAAGACGUAA